AUGAUGUCCAAAUUCUAAUUUAGAUCCUCCAAUCUAAAAUCCUCUGGUUUUACAAUUUAUGAAGCAACUUCAAGCUCAGAAUCUUAUUUUGCAUAUUUCUAUACUGGAACAUAUGAUUAAGCAUUUAGAUCAUAAGAUUUAGAACCUAGAUCUGAAUAUUUAAGAGAACCUUUAAUGAUAACAAAUCCAGGUAGCAAAUAUAUAUUUUUUAAAUACUUUGGGAGUUUCAGACUUGCGGAUAUAUCAAAAAAAUUAUUGGAGGCUGAAGUUAUUAAUAUUUUGGGUUAAUUAAUAUCAGCUAUAUAUAAUUUACAUAAAAGCAAGUUAAUGGGAAGAUGCUUUAAUAUUUAUAAUAUUUUGGUCACAAACAUAUAGAAAGGUAGUUUUUGCAUCAAAUUGAUGGACUUUGGUUUUGGAUGUCCUCUUGAAUAUUAGCCUUUGGAUGGAGAAUUAAACUGUUAUGAUUAUUAAUUUGAUUUAUUUUUAAUUGGAAGGAUUUUGUAUUUUUUACUAACAAAUCAGGAUAUUCCAGAGCAUGGCUCUUUUAAAUCCAUGUGGCCUGAAACCUAAAAAAAAAUUGAAACCUCCUCAUAUUCUAAAACUCUGCAAGAACUUUGUAAAAACCUUAUCUCACCUUCUCAAUAGAAUCGAUAUUGUUUUGCAAACUUUAUGACAGAUUUCUUAGGUCUUAAAGGAAAGUAAUAAUAAUUUACAGAGAUUAAAAAGUUUUAUAGUGAGGAUUAGGAAACAUUAUCCUCAAUUAAUUAAGAAAUUAAGAAGAGAGAUGACAAUAGUUAAGUUGUUGAUAUUGCUCCUCCCAUUCUAUUAGAUGAGAGUUUAAAUAAUCUUAUAUUUUUUUUUAAACCUGAAUUAAAUUCUAUUCACAAAUACUUAAACUUUAGACUAUUCAAUUUUACUAUCAUUGAUUAGGCUAUUGAAAAUGUUAAACUUAAAUUUAUCUCAAGUGAUCACAUCUCAGUUCCUCUUUCUAUAUUUGUACUUGAAAAAAUUAAAUGCAUAUUUUUCUAAAAAAUAUUUUUGAUGUUUGAAAGUUAACAAUUUUUAAAAUUCAAUAUUAAAGAAAUAGAAAAUUUGAUUAAAUCAUAACAAUAUUAAGCUUGCUUUGAGUUGUUGAAAAAUUUGAAAUACCUCCAAUAAUAAUUUAUGCCAAAUUAUUUGGACAAUUUAUAUAAAUCUCUGUAAAUCUAUUACCCUGAUUAUUAGAAUCAUUUGAUGUAUUAGGAGAUAAAAAAAUUUAUAUCAAUAGAUAAUUUUAACUUAAAUUUUGAUGAUGUCAAAAAUUAUUAUAGAUUGCCAUUAAAUAAUUUAUUAAAAUAAAUUGAAAAUUUAGAGGAAAAUAAAAGCAAUAGAUAAUUUAGAUUAUUGAUCUUCAUGUGCAUCCUCAUAAAUAAAAUUGGAGACGUUAGCAAUUUGAAUAAGCACUACUAAACAAUAAUAAAAUCACAAUAAUUAAAAGAGAUAAAUUCUCCACUUCAAGUAAAUGAUUUCCUUGCUAGGGCAAAUAUAGAAGAACUAGAUGAAUAAUUUGAUGAGUUACGAAAAAUUUAUUUUUCAUGA